ACUCACAGAGACUCCACUUGAGAGAGCAAGAAAGAACGCGAGAGUGAGCGCUGGGGACCGUCUGCAAGAAGAAAAGAUCGCACGCGAGUUCGUCACGCCGUACUCUCUCAUUCGUGUAUGUCUUUUUUCUUUUCACCUCUAACCAAGUGUAUACUGGUGAUCCAAUUCUUGUCUGACAUCUCCGUGUACAUGGAUUGCUCAUUAUAGCUUGCUCGCGAAGAACCAGAGCCAGCCCCUAAACAACCUCUCAAGCCUCUUGAUACCAUCAUGCCUUACAAUAAAGAACAUAGAAAGCGACGACUCAGUGCAUCGGCACGUGACGAACCCAUGGAUCAUGGCAUGGACUCUGGGGAUAGCGACUUUGAUGCUGAUGAGUCUGACCAUGUUAAACAGUUUUUCCGUGACCGCUCUCGUCAGCCUCGUCGUCGUGAAAAACCUGAGGUUACACAGAGUUCACCAAGCAAAAUGCGACGUACUUCGCGUCCUGAGGUUCACGAGGAUCAGCGUACGUCUCGCGGAGGAUUUCAAAUCAGGUCAAAUGUGACACCUAAGCGACAUGUCAGGUCUAUUCCAGGACGCUUCUCUGCUUUGGACUCGGAUUCGGAAGAGGAAGAUAUUGCACAGAUGUUGGCACGGAAAGCAAAGCAAGCAAUAGAGGGCGUAGCCUCUAUGGCAGGGGUUUCAUUACACCAAGAACAGGAAUCAUCCCAAGGUAGCUCUGGUACCAGAGUUCAACCACAGCUUUACCCUAACCUUCAACUGGGAUCCGUCAGGAAACUUUACAAUUCAAAACUGGAUGAAGCUCGUAAGUGGACAUCCCUGCCAUAUGAUUCGGUAACACGAGACAAGCAGGUUGAUGGAGAAGAGAGCCAAAUGUCGACUAUCAUCUCAGAGGUUGUUUCUGCAGCGCCGGCAGUACUUGGUACCAUUGCAACCGCUGCUGGUGUUGGAAGUGUCGCAAAACUUGCAUCAGAUUGGAUUUCAUCCCAUAAUCAGGACUCUGAGAAGGUACCUGCCAAACCUACAUCAUUGACGGCCAAUCUCGGCUCAGAUUCGACGUUAAACACAGUCAAGCUUACAGAGUCUACUAUCAAGAAUAUGACUGCAGAGACGACUAAAGGGUUAGAAAUGGCAAAGGAGCCAGCGAUGGAAAAGCUGAAGUCUGUAAAGGAGCAGGAGCAGGAGCAGGAGCAGGAGAAGGAGAAGGAGAAGGAGAAGGAGAAGGAAAAAGCACCUACUUUUAGUUGGGGUGCAGGCAUCAAGCUCCCUGACAAUUCCAAUAAGUGGAAGUGCCCCACUUGUGAUGUCUGGAAUGGGAAUGAAUUGAAAAAAUGCCCAUGUUGCGAAACAUCCAAACCUGGCGAGAAGCCAGCAGAACAAAAACCUCCUGCCUUACCUGCCUUAUUUGCUCCAUCAUUCGGAGCGCCAUCAUCAUCAUCAUCAUUAUCAUCAUCAAUCGUUUCUUCUACAACUGCACCUCCUUCAUUUUCAUUCGGAUCAACCCCAUUGGCAGCUACAAGCGCUCCUGGUGCUACCAAACCACUCUUUUCGCCAUUUGCUCCCUCUGCUAGUACUAGCGCAGCAGGUGAGGCUGACAAAGCUUCAGAUAAAUCUGUUGACAAACUCGCUGGGACCACAAUGGACAAACCGACUGCUCCUGCUACUAUAGCGCCCUUAGGUUGGGCAGCAACAUCCAUCAAAAUGCCGGAUACUGUGGAUAAGUGGAAGUGCCCCACCUGUGAUGUCCGCAAUGGAAACGAUUUAAGUAAAUGCCCGUGCUGUGAUACUCCAAAGCCUGAUGGUGCUGCAGUUUCAACGUCUGCAUCCCCUGCAAAAGCUCCUGCCUCUUCUUUCUUCAGCUUUAAAACGCCGACGUCAGCGCCCCCGCUGUUUGGAGCUACAGCCCUGCCACCUCAACUCCCGCAGUUACGACCACCCCCAGUUUGUUUGGUGCCCCUGCUACCACUUCCUCAACUGAGACGAAGCCCCCUACGUUUUCUUUAGCGUUCUUACCACCUCUGCACCAGCAUCUACCGGCGCUGGGCAGACUACG